UAUAAAUUACUUUACUUCAUGGGUUGCGGUAGUAGUGCAGGAGCUGUGGUAGAACAAAAUAGAGCACCUGGAUUCAAAGGUCCAGUUUUUAUGACAAUAAAGCACGCUUUAUUAGAACGGGAUGUAAGAUUCAUAGGAGUUAUGGAUCCUUAUAUCAAAUUAAUUAUGGGGAGAUAAGAGUUCAAGACACCAGUAGCAAAAGAAGGAGGAAAGCAUCCGUACAUAUACAUUCUAUUAUUAUUUAAAUAGAAAAUGGGAAGGAUGUACACAUACAUUUUAAAAGUUGCUCGGAGAACAAGAUGUGAUAAUAGGAUAAGUGUGGUGUGAAAAUACUAUAACUUCAGACAUUUUGAUAGGUGAAGGUGCAUUUUCUUUGACUUCUUUAAGAAAAGGAAAUGCUGAACCAAAAAGAAUUUCAUUCCUACUCUUCCAUCAUGGCGAAAAAGCAGGUGAAAUAACUUUGGAAGCUACUUUUACUCUUGAUCCUAGUGGAAAAGACUUGCCAGAAAUCAAAGCCCCAGAUACUGAAGGAAAAUUCAUUGUCAAACCAAAAUUUGGUAGGUUAAAGAAGAAUACUAAUCUAUUAUUAAAAAUGGAUCCAUUUUUGACAGUUCAUUUUGGUAAUGAAACUAUGAACACCUCCGUAGAUGCAGCUGGACAUACCACACCAAAAUGGACUGAUGAAAUAAUUUUUACAAGAGAGACAAAUGAAGAUACUUUAUACAUUGAAGUUUGGGCUGAAUCUUUGAUAGGAUGGAAUGACUUCUUGGGAUGUGGUAAUAGUUUUAUUUAUCCAAUAGGUUAUGCUUCAAUAACUGAUUCCUUAGCACUAAAAGAGAACUAAUUGUAAACAGUUACAUUAUUUUAUGAUGGAGCAAAUGUUGGGGAAGUAGAGAUAGAGUGUACAUUUAAGACAUCUAAACCUCAGGAUUACUUGUAAAAGGACAAAUAGUCAGCAGAAGCCCCUUCAAAAGAGUCCUUCUAAUAAUAGCUUUAAACUCAAUAUUAAUAACCAUAAUAAUAAUAACCAUAGUAAUAAUAAUAAUAAGUAUUUCCUUAAUAAUUGAAUCAAUUCGUUCAAAAUUAUGAGGUUAGAUAUCAAAACAAUUAUGGAAUGUAGCCAAUGAAUGGACGAGUGGAUUUCACUUAUCCCAAUGGAGAUCAUUAUGCUGGAGAUAUGAUGAAUAAUUUGAAACAUGGUUAGGGAAGACUUUAAUUUAGUUAUGGUGGAUACUAUGAAGGUCAAUGGGCUAAUGAUUAAGUAUAUCAUAUAAGGAUAUCUUUUAGUACAAUGGAACUGGAGUUUUGGUCGUUGGAGACUCUCGAUUUGAAGGUUAAUUUAUAAAUGGGAAGAAAAAUGGAUAAGGAAAAUAAGUGUGGAAUAAUAGAUAACAAUACGAUGGAUAAUGGAUCGAUAAUAAUAUGCAUGGAAAUGGGUAAUAUACGAUAAUUAUCUAGUGAAUGGACAUUUGUGAAUGGAGCAAAGAAAAAAGGAGUUUGGGCUCAUGGAAAUAGAUUGAGAUGGUUGGAUGAUGACUAAAAUAUAAUUUAAGCUGGCAAAACUAUGACUUCAGGAUUCAUGCUAACAAGUCCAAAUUAAUAAUUUACAUUGUCUUUCUUCCAUGACGGUCGUUUAUACAUCUUUCAUAAUUAAACUAGGCAACCCAUUUUUUCAGUAUUUAUUUUUUAGACAAAUAGGCUAUUAACUUUAAUCGAUAGCCAAUUCCACCUGUGUGGUUGAAAUUUGAUCCUUCUGGAGAGUUAUAAAUGAUUGAUGCCAAAGGAGUACCAUAUUGGGUGUCAGGCUAAAACUUUGGUAAUUUUGCUCCUCCGUUUGUAUUGGUGUUAUAAGAUGAUGGCCGACUAGUUAUCUAAGAUGCUAAUGGAUAGCCUAAAUGGUAUUCACAUUGAAAUUAUCC